AUGUAUUUUCAUCAUAGCCUAUUAACUAUUGACAUGGCUGAGAAUAUAGAAAGCUGCUAUGUAAAUAAUGCAGAGCGUAAAGGAGCAUGCUACCUAAUCGAAUCAGUACUGCUGCGGCGGAGGCGGCCCGGGAGCCGGCCCGGACGCGCCGCAUUGUCUCCGCGGCGUCGCAGCCCUCGAGCGCUCGCCGCAACCCGGUCGCCACUCGCCCGCCCGCCCGGCCCCGCGCCCCGCGCCCUUUGUCCAGGCCGCCGGGCCCUGCGGUCGGAUGCGCCGCGGCAGCCCCGGGCCCCGGCUCGGAGGCUCCCGGCGCAGAGGACGCGGCCCGCCCGGGCCCCCGCUCCAGGCGGCGCCGGGCCGAGAGGCUGCGUAGGCCCCGCCCGGUCAGGCCCGGCCGGGCCCCGGACAGAGACAGGGCAGGGCAUUGUUCAUGCACUGACCGACCUCAGCAGCCCCGGCAUGACCUCAGGGAACGGAAACUCUGCCUCCAGCAUCGCCGGCACUGCCCCCCAGAAUGGGGGACGCUCGUCCCUGCUGGUGGGGAAUCUCAAGAAGAAGUAUGCACAGGGGUUCUUGCCUGAGAAGCUUCCACAGCAGGACCACACCACCACCACUGACUCAGAGAUGGAGGAGCCCUACCUGCAAGAAUCCAAAGAGGAAGGUACCCCCCUCAAACUCAAGUGUGAGCUCUGUGGACGGGUGGACUUUGCCUACAAGUUCAAGCGUUCCAAGCGCUUCUGUUCCAUGGCUUGUGCAAAGAGGUAUAACGUGGGAUGCACCAAACGAGUGGGGCUCUUUCACUCAGACCGGAGCAAGCUGCAGAAGGCAGGGACCACAACUCACAACCGCCGACGGGCCAGCAAGGCUAGUCUGCCCACACUUACUAAGGACACCAAGAAGCAGCCCUCAGGCACUGUACCUCUUUCAGUUACUGCUGCCUUGCAGCUGACACACAGCCAGGAAGACUCCAGCCGGUGCUCAGAUAACUCAAGCUAUGAGGAACCCUUGUCGCCCAUCUCAGCCAGCUCCUCCACCUCCCGACGGCGACAAGGCCAGAGGGAUCUAGAGCUCCCUGACAUGCACAUGCGGGACCUGGUGGGCAUGGGACACCACUUCCUACCAAGUGAGCCCACAAAGUGGAACGUAGAAGAUGUCUAUGAAUUCAUCCGCUCUCUGCCAGGGUGCCAGGAGAUCGCAGAGGAGUUCCGUGCCCAGGAGAUUGACGGACAAGCCCUGCUGCUGCUCAAGGAGGACCACCUGAUGAGUGCCAUGAACAUCAAGCUGGGGCCUGCCCUCAAGAUCUAUGCACGCAUCAGCAUGCUCAAGGACUCCUAGAGUCUCUGCCGCCCGCCCGCCGCCGCCUGUGCACCACCGGGCAGCCAGGGUUCCAGCCCCAGGUGGGCGCCGCCUCCUGAUGGAGCAGAGCCACACAGACAUUCCUGAGGCGCCCGAGAUAGGGCCAGUUGUAGGGAAGGGGCUCUCCCUAGGGGUGCAGCUGUGAGGAGGUCUGCGUGCCUCUUCAGUGGCUCUCAGGGGCCAUUUCUGUGGGAAGGGGAGAGAGGUAGGUGGUACAGAAGACGGGGCUUUGCGCCUGUAAAUACUUAUAGCACUGGCUUCCUCCAAAGUCCCAAUGUUCUAGCCCCCCUCUAAUCCUUUCUCUGUCCCCCGUUUCCAGGGGGUUUAUGGUCAGGGCUCCCCAACCUGAGUUGGGUUACUUCCAAGGGCAGCCAGCAGGCCUGGACAGAGGUCUUGAAAGCCCUUGCCUUCUCUCCCCUCCCCUUCUUUCUCCAGGCCAGGUUAACCUUCCGUUGGCAGCUUCUCCCCCUUCAGCCUGUUUCCAUAGCAUCCAGGGGUUCUACCCCUGUACCCUCUGCAGGUGGAGAGAGAGAAGCUGGGCCCAGUGUGGCCAUGCCUGCUGGCACAGACGCCUUAACGCUGUGUGUAUGACUGUGUGACUGGAG